AUGACGAAGAUCGGCAACAGUGUUUAUUGUAGGAAUGCAAUUUAUGAUUCAGCAACAGGAGCUUCUAAGAAAGCAACAUACAUAGCGAGGAGAUUGCUAAAAGGGAUUUUUACCCAUGAGUCUCUUAUGAAUUGCACCUUAACGGGACAGGCUCCUCGUGGUAAACACACAAAAUCAGAUGUUGAAAUUAUACCGCUUAAUAAGCGUGGCAGAGAUGCAAUUCUUGAUUUUGCCAUUCGCUAUACAGCCGCGAAAAAUUGGCCAAAACAAGAUUCUGCUGUCAUUUUGAUGGAAAUGGGCCAGAGGAUAACGGAGUACAAAAGAAACCAUAAUAAUGCAAUUGUCAAGUCUGCUAAAAAAGAUAGUUAGUUUUG